AUGGACUUUAUCUACUAUGUGGUGGAUUCAGAUUUGAAUGUUCAGUUCAUCUGGAUGGGAGCCAAGCCCAGUGCCUGCCUGUCCUCCUGCGCCCGGCCGGUGCUGCCCCGGCUUUGCGGGGCUCUGGCCGCGGGACCCAGGCCGCUCCUCGGAGCAUCGGCUUAUUCCACUGCCCUGGCUGUGGGGAGCGGGGGGCCCAGGCAGAGAGAAGCAUGGAGAAGAAGUAGGACCCCACAAAUUGCAAAAAAUAAACGAGAGCCAGGAACUCCUAGAACUGAAAAGAUGGCUGUUGAUCAGGAUUGGAGUAGUGUUUAUCCAACUGCAGCAGCAUUUAAUCCUUCUUCAGUCCCUCUUCCCAUACGAAUGGGCUAUCCUGUGAAGAGAGGAGUACCUCCACCAAAAGAAGGCAAUUUGGAGCUAAUAAAGAUCCCCAACUUUCUCCAUCUGACUCCCCCAGCAAUUAAAAAACAUUGUGCAGCUCUUAAAGAUUUCUGCACGGAGUGGCCAACUGUAUUGGACAGUGAUGAGAAAUGCGAGCAGCAUUUUCCUAUUGAAAUUGACACAACUCGUAAUCCCAAAGCAAGAGUAGUGACUUUAACAGUUAAGCUUUCCAGCUUGAACUUGGAUGACCAUGCAAAGAAGAAGCUCAUUAAACUUGUAGGAGAGCGGUACUGUAAGGAUACAGAUAUGCUUACUAUUACAACAGACAGGUGUCCUUUAAGGAGACAGAACUAUGACUAUGGAAUCUACCUUCUCACAGUUUUGUACCAUGAAUCUUGGAAAACUGAAAUGUGGGAGAGCGAGAAGACUGAAGCAGACAUGGAGGAGUAUAUCUGGGAAAACAGCCCCUCUCAGAAGAAUGUUUUGGACACACUUCUUCGAAUAAGAACUGUAGAGAAAACCAAUGAAGUAACUAGGGAAGAGCUGCUUACCUCUGAACUAGUUGAGAAUUACAAAACCUCUAUCGUUGCACUUAAAAAUGAAGGGGAAACAGAAAACAACAUUUUGCAGUAUAAGGAAUCUGUGACAAAACUACUCAAUUUGCAACAGUCACUGUGACUGUCACUGCAUGCAUAUAUCUGAUCUUGUGUCAAUAUAGAAUGAUAAUGUAUGCUAGUGCUACUUCAUAUGGAAUUAAGAAAGCAGUUAUUAAUGAUUUUCUAGGACUUCAACAAAACAUUAUUAAAUUUUAAAAAUGUCAAAAACCUUGAAUGAAUUUAGAGUGAUGAAAAACUCAAAAAGGGUCAGCAACAAACUUCCUAUGUUUCCAUGCAAUUGAAUUUACUUGUCAGUGAGGAAAUCACUGUCCUCCAAUAUCAUUCCUUUCCUCUAUAAAUAAAAUGUAUAUCAAGUGUU